AUGAGCGCCGAGUGCAGCAGCUACCUCAAUGCUGACAAGGUGCUGGUGAGCGCCUUCAGCUGCCCGCGGACGGGCGGCGACGCCCGCGCCGUGUACUGCUGCGGCUUCCAGGACGUCAAGUACUGCUGCGAUGACCCCCACAGCUUCUUCCCCUACGAGCACAGCUACAUGUGGUGGCUCAGUGUUGGAGCACUCGUGGGCCUGUCGAUAGCAGCAGUGGUCCUCUUUGCUUUUAUCAUCACUGUGUGUGUUCUCUGUUAUUUGUUUAUCAGCACGAAGCCACGCAACAAACUGGAUACUGGUUUAAGCUUACAGAUGGCAGAGAAUGUGGGCUUUGGUCUAAAAGUGGUUUAUAGGGCUGUCAGGAAGUGCAAAGCCUUCCUUUGGAGCUACGUAAGCUGA